GGUGUCUGUGGACUGCGUUCGCCACACGCGUGUGCCGCUGGAAAGUGCGUGCGUGCAGUGCGUGUGUUUGUCGCCCAGUGCCUGCUGUAGAAUUUACCCCAUGCAGCGCUUAAACCGUGCUAUUUAAUACGUGACACGAAAAAAAAUCGUAGCUAGUCGCAAAAACUACCCCUGGACUCGAGCGAGUUUCUUCAGUAAAAUUAGCUACGACGAGAAAAUUGAUAUUAUUGCUCGGCUCAACCCCUUGCGUCUCUCUUCUAUGCGUAUUUACAUGAAUUUUCGAAGGAAGCAGCAUCGAAGCUCGAAUCUUUGGUGCAAUCUAUUUGGCUGAUCCAACGAGAAACAGAAGAUAUAAAAUUUCGAGAUCAAGGUGUACGCAAAGGCAAAGUGGUGCAAAAGUGUCGAAUCGAGUGCACAAUGCACAUAGGUAUGAUAGCUGGCGAGGGGUGCGGUUUUCUUUCUAUAUAACUAGCGUAUACGCAUAGACUGUUGGCGUGUCUGCGCGUAUCGUGUAUGUGCAGCAUCUAUGCACACAGAUGCGUGGGCGUUGGGAUAUAAUGACAAACACUCGGCUCUCAUCGGCAAAACGUCAAAGUCCGGCGUGAAGGAUCUGUCGUCCGUCUCGCUUGGCCCAGUCAUAGGCGCAUCGAUCGCUGCGACAGGUAAUAGCGAGAGCGAGAAAAAGAGGAGCAGUACCACACAUAAAGGCGCUCGCGCGCAAGAGGAUUCACAAACAAUACACAGGGCACAGACUCGCGCAUAAAAGGGAGCGGGCCGGGAAUCAUCGCGGGGGUGACUGCUCAUAAGGCGCAAGCAUGACGGGCGAAGACAAGAAGGGCGGCUCGGCUGCCAAAGCCAACAACACCACCACUACCACCACUACCACCGACCUAACCUGCGACAACAAUGUAACGACAACGACAACGGCGGCGUGCAACAACAAUAUGAGCAACGGCGACGCCAGCAGCAACAAUCACAACAACCAUCACAACCACCAGAACGGCAACGUCGACAAGACAGCGCCGGUGGCACCGGGGACUAACGUCGAGACGUUGCCACGCACCGGCAAGCAGGGAGAACCGAGCACAUUAUUCUUGCGCGCGGCCCGAGCUGGUCAGCUGGAAAAAGUCCUCGAGUAUCUGGAUUCCGGGGUGGACAUCAACACCUCUAAUGCGAAUGGACUGAACGCCUUGCACUUGGCGGCCAAGGACGGACACUUGGAAAUCGUGAAGGAGCUGCUGCUGCGCGGAGCGAUCGUCGAUGCGGCCACAAAAAAGGGAAAUACCGCUCUUCACAUCGCCUCUCUUGCCGGACAAGAGGAGGUUGUACACUUGCUCGUGCAGAGAGGAGCGUCGGUCAAUGCGCAAUCCCAGAAUGGAUUCACUCCGCUUUACAUGGCAGCGCAAGAAAAUCACGAUUCGGUCGUUAAAUUUCUCCUCAACAAAGGAGCCAACCAGACACUUGCCACCGAGGACGGCUUUACACCUUUGGCAGUCGCUAUGCAACAGGGCCACGAUAAGGUAGUGGCCGUGCUUUUGGAAAACGAUACGAGAGGCAAAGUUCGAUUGCCCGCCUUGCACAUUGCGGCCAAGAAGGACGACUGCAAAGCGGCAGCAUUGCUUUUACAAAAUGACCACAAUCCAGAUGUGACUUCGAAAAGUGGCUUCACACCGCUUCACAUCGCCGCACACUAUGGCAACGAUCGAAUCGCUUCGUUGCUCUACGAUAAAGGAGCAGAUAUUAAUUUUGCAGCUAAGCACAAUAUCACUCCUAUGCACGUGGCAGCUAAAUGGGGAAAGAUAAAAAUGGUCAAUCUACUGAUGAGCAAAGGAGCCAACAUAGAAGCUAAAACUAGAGACGGACUCACACCUCUGCACUGCGCCGCUCGCUCUGGACACCAUGAAGUCGUCGAUAUACUCAUUGAAAAGGGAGCCCCUAUUGGUUCGAAAACCAAAAAUGGACUGGCACCACUGCACAUGGCCUCCCAGGGUGACCAUGUCGAUGCUGCCCGAAUCUUAUUAUAUCACCGAGCUCCUGUUGACGAAGUCACGGUCGACUAUCUCACGGCUUUACACGUAGCUGCUCAUUGUGGACACGUUAGAGUAGCUAAAUUGCUUUUGGAUCGUAAUGCCGAUCCCAACGCCAGGGCAUUGAAUGGCUUUACUCCACUUCACAUCGCUUGCAAAAAAAAUAGGAUUAAAGUCGUUGAAUUGCUGUUAAAACAUAAAGCCAGUAUUGAAGCAACUACCGAAUCCGGUUUGACGCCUCUUCAUGUCGCGAGUUUCAUGGGCUGUAUGAAUAUUGUCAUUUACCUGCUGCAACACGAAGCUAGUCCAGACAUACCAACGGUUAGAGGUGAAACACCUUUGCAUUUAGCAGCCAGAGCGAAUCAGACUGACAUUAUUAGAAUACUCCUGAGGAAUGGGGCACAGGUUGAUGCCCGUGCUAGGGAGGAGCAAACGCCACUACACGUCGCUUCGCGCCUCGGUAACGUAGAUAUCGUCAUGCUGUUACUUCAGCAUGGCGCAAGUGUCGAUGUAACAACUAAAGAUUUGUACACGCCAUUGCAUAUAGCUGCCAAAGAAGGCCAAGAAGAAGUAGCAUCGGUUUUAUUGGAGAAUGGUGCCUCUCUCACAUCAGUCACCAAAAAAGGAUUCACGCCUUUGCAUUUAGCCGCUAAAUACGGCAACAUGAACGUUGCUAGGCUUCUACUGCAAAAGAAUGCCCCGGUUGACGCUCAAGGAAAGAACGGAGUUACUCCACUGCACGUAGCUUCUCACUACGAUCAUCAAAAUGUGGCUCUACUUUUACUAGAUAAGGGUGCUUCACCGCACGCAAUGGCCAAAAAUGGUCAUACUCCUCUUCACAUCGCAGCGCGCAAGAAUCAGAUGGACAUUGCCACAACGCUACUGGAAUACGGUGCAAGAGCUAAUGCCGACUCCAAAGCCGGCUUCACGCCGCUUCAUUUGAGUGCCCAAGAAGGACAUACCGAUAUGUCGACUUUGCUCAUCGAGCAUAAAGCCGAUACCAAUCAGAACGCCAAGAACGGACUUACACCGCUACAUUUGUGCGCACAAGAAGACAAAGUCAAUGUAGCUUCAAUUCUGGUUAAAAACGGCGCCCAAGUCAAUGCAAAAACCAAAGCCGGUUACACUCCGCUGCACGUCGCUUCUCACUUUGGUCAAGCUGCGAUGGUCCGAUUUCUACUGAGCUCCGGAGCUACGGUGGAAAAGCGCACCAAUGCCGGAUACACUCCUCUUCAUCAGGCCGCUCAGCAAGGACACACAUUGGUUAUCAAUCUUCUUCUUGAGAGCAAGGCUCAACCUAAUUCCGUCACCAAUAAUGGCCAAACAGCCCUGGACAUCGCACAAAAACUCGGAUACAUAACGGUCGUGGAAACAUUAAAAAUUGUCACGGAGACCGUUAUCACUACCACUCAUACCGUGACCAUCGAAGAGAAGUACAAAGUGCAAGCGCCUGAAUCAAUGCAAGAAACAUUCAUGAGUGAUAGCGAGGAUGAAGGUGGUGGCGACGAAAUCGGCACAACGGCCAUGAAUGUGUACGCGGGUAAAGCGCCUCAUGCGCAACACGUGUACCUACCUUCCUACUACCAGGGCCAAAUGACUUAUACUCGUGAAGAUCCUAUGCUCAGUGAUCAACAGCAGUAUCGGUACAUGACCGUCGACGACAUGAAAUCUAUGGGGGAUGACUCGAUGCGAGUCAACGUAACCGACGACGAACGCGACAAUCGGCACUCCGGAGCACCGACAAUUACCGAAAUGAUAACCAAAGAGAGUUACAAUCGACAAAAUGCGGCGAAUCAUAAACCUGAUAACGUUGAUAUCAAUCGUGGCCAUCCAGUUCAUGUUGGAAUUCCAUCAUGGAAAAACUUCCUGGUUUCUUUUCUGGUGGACGCCCGAGGCGGUGCCAUGCGAGGAUGUCGCCACAGCGGAGUACGCGUCAUUGUGCCACCGCGAAAAGCCACAAUGCCCAUGAGAGUGACGUGCCGUUACCUCAAGAGAGACAAACUGACGAAUCCACCACCGUUGAUGGAGGGUGAGGCACUGGCAAGUCGCAUACUCGAGCUUGGACCUGUUGGAGCUAAAUUUUUAGGACCUGUAAUCAUCGAAGUGCCACACUUUGCCUCUUUACGUGGAAAAGAGCGUGAAAUCGUUAUACUGAGAUCUGACAAUGGAGAAACUUGGCGCGAGCACACCUUGGAAGCUAGUGAAGAGGCUGUUCAGGAUGUUCUUAACGAGAGUUUUGAAGGAGAAGAAUUAAGCCAGUUGGAAGACCUUCAAACUUCACGUAUAGUCAGGAUAUUGACUGUUGACUUUCCACACUAUUUCGCUGUUGUUUCUCGCAUAAGACAAGAAGUUCACGCUGUUGGUCCAGAAGGAGGUACGGUGUCCUCCACAGCUGUUCCGCAAGUGCAAGCUAUCUUUCCAGCAGCAGCUCUUACCAAGAAAAUUCGAGUUGGCUUACAGGCUCAUCCGAUACCGGCCGAGCUCGUUGCUAAAUUACUUGGCAACAGGGUGGCCGUUUCUCCGAUUGUUACGGUCGAGCCCAGAAGAAGAAAGUUUCACAAGCCUAUCAUUUUAACCAUACCUGUACCUCAAGCUGCAAAUAAGGGGAUGAUAAAUCAAUAUUCAGGAGAUGCUCCGACACUUAGACUGCUUUGCAGCAUUACUGGCGGCCAAUUAAGAGCAGUUUGGGAAGACGUAACAGGGUCAACGCCCUUAUCAUUUGUCAAGGACUGUGUAUCGUUCACGACCACAGUAUCAGCGAGGUUUUGGCUCAUGGAUUGCCGCAACGUUUCCGAAGCUACAAAAAUGGCAACUGAAUUGUAUACUCACGCUACGCAUGUGCCGUUUAUGGCCAAAUUCGUUGUAUUUGCGAAGCGCACCGAUCCUCUGGAAGCAAGACUGCGGGUAUUUUGUAUGACCGAUGACAAGGAGGAUAAAACGUUAGAGCAUCAAGAGCACUUUACUGAAGUGGCUAAGAGCCGAGACGUCGAGGUUCUUGAGGGUAAAACGCAGUUUAUGGAGUUUGCUGGUAAUCUCGUACCUGUGCUCAAAAGUGGCGAACAAUUGCAACUUCCUUUCCGAGGUUUUAAAGAAAAUCGCGUUCCUUUCACUGUAAGGGUAAGAGAUCCUGAUGCGCAAGACACAAUGGGCCGCAUCAUGUUUAUGAGCGAGCCGAAAAAAGCUAAAGGUGAACCACCUCAAACGCCGAUUUGUACCCUCAAUAUUAUGCUUCCUGAAAAAAUCAUACCGGAUGGAGGCAGUUCAGAGCUCGACUUGCUUGAACUAUCUAAAAACUAUAGCUUCCUUAGAGAUGGAGGUUUAAGCAGGCCAGAUGCUAUUCAUAGAGCGACGAUCCGUUUGACCGAUAUCGCCAACCUACUCGACAAGGAUUGGGAAAAAUUAGCACAAGAGUUGAAUAUUACGCCAAAUGAAAUAGCUCAAAUCAAAGAAAAUCAUCCAGACUUGCCGGCUCAGCAAGCCACCGCUAUGUUCAAAGCCUGGCAAGCCAAUGGUAACAAAGCCACUGGUAAUACAUUGGAAAAGGCGCUUAACAAAAUCGGCCGUGAGGAUAUAGUGAAAACGUGCAUAUUCAACGUCGAGCUGGUUACGGACGACGUCGAGAAAGCCGUAGCUCGCGUCAGACUAGAUCAACCUGGUUUCGACACCUUCAAAGAUGAGCUAGGUCCAUCGAGAAACACGUCUCUUCAGCGAGACGCUACUCUGGAACCUAAAGCUGAGCUUGAAUAUGAAGAGCCGGAUCGCAUGAAGGACUCGGAAUCCGUCGAAGAUCUCAGUACUACUGGAGGAAGCCAAAAGACGACAGCCAAACAGCACGGCACGAUAACGAAUGGCACUAUUUACAACGCUACAUCAACCCCUAUCAAAGAUAAAUACGCUAGUGACGAAAAAGAGCUGGGUGAUAUGAUGGCUGAUUUUAUCGAGCAUAAGUUGCACGCAUCUGAAACAAUGGUGAAAAAUUCCCGUGAGGAUAUCGACGACGAUAAUAAAAAACGUCAAAGAGUCUUGGAGGAUGCUAACAGAAUAGUCUCUGGUGUAAAACAGGAUGCUGAGAAAGAGAUGAACAAGUUAGCGAAAGAAGGGUGGUCGGUUGUUAGUGACGAUGAAGAGAAAAAAUUGAACGAGGUUCAGAAUGCAUUAAGUCUAAAGAAAUCUGAUGCCCUCGAGGGCGCUGCGAGUAAUAUACUUGAGCCUCCUAUAAUUCAACAAAAGUGUAUCAUAGGAACCGAUGGAGAUCGAACGAUAACUACGAUUACUACUAAAACUAUUAUCACUACUGGUCGUGAUGUUAAGACAGAAAAAGAUGCAGAUACCGGUUACGAUACAACUGAUUUCACUAGACCAUUAGGUAUUGUAAGCAUUCAAGAAAUAGAAGUUGAAGCAGGUGAAAAAUUUAAGCCUGUUGUCUCCAAAAUAGAGAACACAAAAUCCGACGAUGAUCGUAGAAUACAUACUUUACCAGGCAAUAAAGAGAAAGUAUCUAACGAGCGAAAAGAAGAAGAUGAAACAUUGCAAGACAAUGAAUCAAAAUUUCCAGAUGAUUUAAAUGACGGUAAAAAAACAAAAGACAAAUCUAGCAAAAUAUUUGCUGGCAUUUUUAAAUCUCCCAAAAAUAAAAAAGAUAAACCAAAAGAUUCAUCGGAAAUCUCUUUUGAUAUUGUGGACAAGAGUACUAAAGCUUCGACGAUUCAAUUACUAGACGAAAUGAAAAAAUCAGCUGAUGCAACGAUUGAAGAUGACAUUAAAUAUGCAUCAACUUUACAAGAUGUAGAAUUAAAUAAAGAUGAUAUGGCAAGUAAAGAAUCUGAAAAAAAUAUAUCGAACGAAAAACUAAGUAAGGAUAAUUCUAGAUUGUUUGGUAUAUUAAAGAGUCCCAAAUCAAAAAAUAAAACAAAAAAAUUAAGUAAAACAGAAAGUUCCGCUGACGCUCCGUUUACCAGUAGUGAAGAAAAUGAUCGAAAAACAAAAUCGCACAGUACACAUCAAACAGUAAAUUCAGAUAAUUCCUUUUACGAAAUAGAUCUCAUAGAUGCUGAUGGACCAAACGAAAAGGAAACGAACCGAGACGAUGAAGUGGUGCUAAAAAAAGAAAUUGAAAUAAACAAAAAUGAAAGUCACAACGCUAAACAAGAAAAAAUUGGAGUAUUUUCAAAAAUGUUCCAGAAAUCUCCCAAAACAAAGGAUAAAAAGUCAUCAACUUCUAGAGAAUCUAGUGUCACCAAAGACGUACCAGUUGCUAGCGGUGAUGAAUCAAAAAUGAGUCCUAAUGUUAUAGAAAAAUCAUCGAUAUUUGUAGAAACAGAUUUGAAAAAAGUGACUCAACAAUUUCUAGAAGACAGCAUAAAUACUGCUGGUAUUAUUGAUGCAUGUCCUUACAAAUCAGAAUAUUUGUAUAAAACAACUACUUCGACUACAGCAAACAUUGAUGAGGAAGUUCAUGCUGAGAAGUCAUUAAAAAUAGAAAUGAAAAACGAAGAACCGAGUAAAGGAAAAGAUAAGACGGACGGCUUUCUAUCGGGGAUAUUUAAAGGUGCAAAACAUGCAUCUGACGAAGUUGUUGAUGAAGUAAAAAAAUUUGUAAAGGACACAAAAAAAGAGGCUAUGGAGGAAGAAGAAAAAGCUAAAAACCUAACUUCGAAAAUGAAAAAGAAUAUUGAUGAUGCCGAAUUAAAUAUUUUGCAUAAAACUAAUGAAGUGAAAAAAGACGUUAAAGAUGAUGUUAAUGAAACUAAACAGAAAUUGGAAAAAAUUACAAUUGAAACUACUACAGAACUUGUUGAUGGUAUUCAUGAAAAAAUGGAUGAUGACACAGCUAAAGCAAAAGAAAUCACAAAAGAGAGUCUUAAAGAUGAAAUUAUUAAAAUCGAAACGAACGUUACAAAAAGCAAGGAAAAAAAGAGCAAAUUUCUCACGGGUAUAUUUAAGGGUUCAAAAAGUGUAUCUGAAGAUGAAGAAAAAACUGAAUAUGAACUAAACAAAGACGCCAAGAAAAAAAAAGAAGAAUCGUCAGUAAUCAUAGAUGAGAAAAGAAAAAAUAUUAAUCUUGAAAGUGAAGCUUCGAAUGAUGGUCCAACAGUCUCAACUACUGAAGUUAUAAAAACAGAAAAAGAAUUGAAUGUCAGAGAUUCUAUUGAAACCCCUGAAAAGUCUAAACAAAAAACCAGUCGAUUUUUUUCAGGUGUUUUUUCCACACCAAACACUUCAAAUGAGGAAGCAGCAAAAGACGUUAAAGAAUACAUUGGUGAAUCAAAACGUUCGUUUAAAAAACAAAAAAAUAAAUUACAUAAAAAGCCUGCGAAAGAUGAUGUAAAACUUCAAUCUCAUGAAGCUAAUACGAAUAUUAAUGAAACAAUCGAUGAUCUUGAUAAAGUAGUUCAAAAUGAAGGACUAAUAGUAAAGAUUGUUGAUGGAAAUGAUAGCAAUUUAACUGUCAAAGAUGAAAAAUUAAAAAAGGACAGUGAGGAAGAAAUGACACCAAGUAGAGAUCAUGUCAGUGAGCCUACUAAAAAGAGCAAAGAUAAAGCAGGAGGAUUUCUAUCAGGUAUUUUCAAAGGAGCUAAACACGCUACUGACGAAAUAACGGAUGAACUCAAAGAGUUUGUCGAAGAAACUAAAAAAGAAGCGAUCGAAGAAGAAGAAAAGGUAAAGAAAUCAUCUGAAAAAGUAAAGAAAGAUGUUAAGGACCACGCUGAUGCUAUCUCACAAGAAAUGGACAAACUGACUGCUCAAGUCGUGGUAAAAACUGAGGCAUCGGUAGAUAGUGUUCAGCAAGUCAUUGACGAAACAUCAAACGAAAAAGAAAAAUUGGAAAAAAAAGUUGAUAGUGAUGCAAAGACAGCAGUAGAUCAUGCAGAUGUAGCAGUGAAAAAAAGUAAAGACAAGGUUUCUGGAUUUUUAUCAGGUAUAUUGAAAAGUUCGAAACAUACAUCAAAUGAAGUUGUCGAAGAGGUUGAAGAGUUUUUGGAAAAAACCAAAAAAGAGGCAGAUGAAGAAAAGCAAAAUUCGAAAAAUAAAAUUGACGAUAUAAAUGAAGAACUAUCUUCUAGAAAAAUCCUGAAUAUAACUGAUGGCUCUGAAAAUAUUUCGGAAAAUACAAGUAAUUUCGAUAGUGAAAUGACACCCACUAAAACUUCAGCAAAAAUUCAAAAAAGUAAAGAAAAAACUGGUGGAUUCUUAUCUGGUAUUUUUAAACAUACUAAACAUUCAGGAAAUGAGCUCUCUGAAAAUAAAUCAGAGUUAGUCAAAGAAGUACAGGGUAAAUCUUUCGACGAAAAUGAAAAGUUAAAAGAAGCAUCAUCUGAUAUCAAACAAGAAUCUAAAAAAUUAGUGGACACUGCGUCUGAGAAUGAGAACAAAACACUUCUUUUAGGUCAACAAAAAACUGGUGACUUGGAAAAAGAGACUACUCAAAUCAGUAUACCAGCUAAUGCAGCCCCGCAAGUAAAUCUUGAUAAAGUACAUGAUACGAUUCAAGAAAAAAUCGAGUCAAUAAAAAAACCAACUGAAGAAGUUGAAACGAUAAUGAAUUCUGCGGAAACCGCUGCCAAAAAAGGAAAGGAAAAAACGGGGGGAUUCUUAUCAGGAUUUUUCAAAGGAAAUACAAGUACAGAAGCAUCUGGCGAUGUAAAAGCAGUGGUAUCGAAACAACCUACUGAAGAAAUUGAAGAAAUAAGACAAUUAUCGCACGAUGUAGAAAAGGAAGCUGAUUUUUUGAUAGAGGAUUCAGAUAAAGUUUUGGAUUCGGUUAUAAUGAGUUUCACUGAAACCACUACUACAUCCAAUAAUACUAAUAAUCCAUCAACAAGUAUUGACAAUUAUGAGGAACUGAGUGAAAAAUUAUAUUUUGAAGGUAAAGGCAUUGUCAAUUUAUCUGCUGUCAAGGUAGAAAAAACAACUGUGAUUGUAUCCGAAGGUAUAAAAAAUGUUGAAAAUGUAACAUCAAAAGAGACUAAAACUGCUAAGCUAAAGGCUGAAAGCGAUGUGAAAAAUGCAAUCGAUCCUUCUGCAGAUUCAAUAAAGAAAAAUAAAGAUAAAGUCAGUGGGUUUUUAUCUGGAAUGUUCAAAAACUCGAAGAGUACAUCAGAUCAAGUUGCUGAAGACGUUCAACAAUUUUUGGAUACUACUAAGCGGGAGAUUCAAGAAGAAAGAAAAAUUAUGAUACAAACAAUUGAUGAGACAAAAGUCGAUUCUCAAAUCUCUAGCACCGAUUUGAAAAUGAAAACUGAGCCUCGCGAAGAUCUCGAAACUAAGACCGAAAAGGAAAUUUCCGAAAAGCAGAAAAAAAGUAAAGAAAAAGUUGGAGGAUUUUUCUCAGGAAUAUUCAAAGGCACUAAGUCUUCUUCCGAAGACCCUACCAAUCAAAUGAAAGAGUUAAUUGAAGAAAAAAUACUGACAGAAACGAAAAUUGAGAACGAAUCAGAUAAUGCUACGCAAAAUACUGAUGUUAUUUCCAAUCUAAACAAAGACGAGUUAAAUGAACAUACAAUUUCUAUCACAACUGUACCUCAAAUAAUUUCUGUGACUGAUAAUGAACAAGAAACCGGUCACUUAUCUGACAAUGAAAAAUCAAAAAAAGUGACAAAAGAUGAGUCAGCUAAAAAAGGAAAGAACAAAAGUGGUUUCCUUACCGGCAUAUUAAAAAGUGCAAAAGAUGCUGCCGAUGAUGUUGUAGAAGAUGUAAAGGAAUUUUUUGAAGAAACUAAAUCUGAAGCAAUAAAUGAAGAAGCCGAUAAAAGUGAAGGAAAGAAAAACUUGAAUACUCCGAAUCUUAGCGAUUCUGCGUCAGAAAAUUUGAUUUCCAAGGAUGAUGCAGAAAAAACAAAUGAAACGAAAAAGAAAAAAGAAAAAGUGGGAUUGCUUGGUGGAAUUUUGAAGAAAAGUGAGGAAUCAAAUAAAAGUACUCGACAUGUUUCAAAAAAUAAAAAAAAUGAUUCUAGAGAUAUGGAUUCUACAGAAGAUAAAGAAGACCAAGUAACAGAAAUAUCAGAUUGUGAGGAAAAAUCUAUGAAAACAGCCGAAGAAAAACCUAGCUUUUUAGGCAAUAUAUUCAAAAAUUCCAAGAAGUCUACAAAAGAAGUUUUAGACCACGAAAAAGAGUCAUCAGACAAAAUGAAUGAGGUCGUCUUAAAAGAAAUAGAAAUGGAUCCAAAACAAUUUGAAGAAAUGAAAAAAGAUUCUAAAACGAUGUUACCUACUGUGACGAUAAAUUUAUCGAGCACUAAGAGUUCAAAUGUAGAUCGACCCGCAAAAGAAAAAAAUGAUGCGGAAGUAAUAACUCAAGAUCCAUCUGAUAAAAGUACAAAGUUCACCGAAGAAUCAUCAAUAAAAUCGAAAAAUAAGUCUGGUGGUUUUCUAUCGGGUAUUUUCAAAGGAGCUAAACACGCUACCGACGAAAUAACGGAUGAACUCAAAGAGUUUGUCGAAGAAACUAAAAAAGAAGCAAUCGAAGAAGAAGAAAAGGUAAAGAAAUCAUCUGAAAAAGUAAAGAAAGAUGUUAAGGACCACGCUGAUGCUAUCUCACAAGAAAUAGACAAACUGACUGCUCAAGUCGUGGUAAAAACUGAGGCAUCGGUAGAUAGUGUUCAGCAAGUCAUUGACGAAACAUCAAACGAAAAAGAAAAAUUGGAAAAAAAAGUUGAUAGUGAUGCAAAGACAGCAGUAGAUCAUGCAGAUGUAGCAGUGAAAAAAAGUAAAGACAAGGUCGCUGGAUUUUUAUCAGGUAUAUUGAAAAGUUCGAAACAUACAUCAAAUGAAGUUGUCGAAGAGGUUGAAGAGUUUUUGGAAAAAACCAAAAAAGAGGCAGAUGAAGAAAAGCAAAACAAGCUUGAAGAAACCAGUAAAACUAAGAAAGAGUUGGAGAGAACAACUCUUCCGCAUAUUGCCAGUUCUGACAAAAAAAUUUCCUCCAUCACUGCAGACGUAAGCUCUAAUGUUGAAAGUAUUCCUCAAGAAAUUCAAGACCUAAAAAAUGAUGACUUGACAGUUGCAUCAGUUAAAAAAAGCAAAGAUAAGACAGCUGGAUUUUUUUCGGGGAUAUUCAAAGGUGGAAAGCACGCUGCGGAUGAGUUAACGAGCGAAACCAAGGGAUACACCAAAGAAAUCGAAAUUGAAGCAUUGAACGAAGAGGAAAAAGCCAAAAGAUUAGAAACAAAAGUGACAAAAAAUACUGAUGCUCUCGUUUCCGCUUCGAAGAAUGUGGAUAAAACUCUUUCUAAUAUAUCAGAUUCAACUGCUAUAAUCGAAGAUGAUACAAAAAAAGAGGAAAUCGAAACUUCCAAAGAAAUUAAAGACCCUAAACGUGAAGAUUCGAUAAAAAAAAGCAAAGAUAAGACAGGCGGAUUUCUUUCAGGUAUUUUCAAAGGAGCUAAACGUGCUGCCGAUGAUUUAGCAGGUGAAAUGCAGGAAUUUGUCGAAGAGACGGAAAAGGAAGCAUUAGAUGAAGAAGAAAAAGCAAAAAGAUCGGCAACAAAUAUAAAAAAAGAAGCCGGUGAUCUUGUUGUUUCUGCUUCAAAACACGUGGAUAAAGUUGCUACAGAUAUGUUAGAGACAACUACUGAAAUAGUAGAUGAUGUCAAACAAUUAGACAUUGAAACGUCUGAAAAAAUUGAUAAAUUAAAGAAAAAAACCUCAAGUGAUUUAAAAUCUGCUGGCGAUUCAAUUAAUGCAACUGCUAAAAAAAGUAAAGAUAAAUCCAGUGGCUUUUUUUCUGGCAUUUUGAAGGGUUCCAAACAUGUAUCGGAUGAAGUUGUUGAAGAUGUGCAAACAUUUAUCGAAAAAACAAAAAAAGAAACUGAAGAAGAAAAACAAAAUAUACUCAAAGAAACCCAUGAGGCAGCUUGUGAAUUAGAAAAGAAUGUUACAAAAACAAGCGAUAAUGUAGCUGAGAAAUCAUCUUUUCUAAUAAAAGAUGUCAGUCGAGCUAAGGACACCAUAUCUAAAGAAAUUGAUGAUACUGAAGACAAAAUCAACAAACAAACCGAGAAAGUUACAGAAUCAGUUAAUGAGUCUACCAAGAAAGCCAAAGAUAAAACAACCGGAUUUUUUUCGGGAAUAUUUAAGGGCGUGAAGCAUGCAGCUGAUACAGUAGCUGAUGAAGAAAAGGAAUUAGUCGAGGAGAUAGAAAAAAAAGGUUUAGAAGAAAAAGAAAAGGCAAUAAAUGUAACCGAAAAAUAUCAAAAAGAAGUCACUGAUUUAACUAUAGCAUCGUCCAAAAGCCAAGAAAAAACUCUUGAUUAUCUUACUGAUACAGCCAUCGACGUAGCAGAUAAUAUUGAAAAAGUAUACAGCGAGACUUUAGCAGACACGCAAAAAUUGCGUAAGAAAACUAAAAGCGAAAAGAAAUUGGCUUCGGAUUCAUUUGAUGGCAUGUCUAAAAAAGGAAAAGACAAGGUUAGCGGAUUUCUAUCUGGCAUUCUAAAAACUUCGAAAGACGCGCCACAGGUUAUUAGCAGCGAUGUUGAAGGAACGAUGGCGAAGAAGAUGAUCGGAGAAUCAAAUAAAAAUGAAAAUCCAUCGGAAAUAUCAAAAGUUGAUGAAACUGAUGAAGAAAACCCCGAUCUUUCAAAACAUGAUAAAUCAAGUGAAAAAUCUUCACUGAUUGAAAUAAAAAAUCAAAGUGGUAAAGAAAUGGCUGACUCAAUCGAAAGCACAAAAAAUGCAAACGAUGAUUCGUUCGAAACCAGUAAUAAUGCUUCAGUUAGUGACUCAUCGAAAAGGGGCAAAGAUAAGACUGGAGGAUUCCUUUCGGGUAUUUUCAAAGGAGCUAAACGUGCUGCUGAUGAUUUAGCAGGUGAAAUGCAUGAAUUUAUCGAAGAGACGGAAAGGGAAGCAUUAGAUGAAGAAGAAAAAGCAAAAAGAUCGGCAACAAAUGUGAAAAAAGAAGCCGGUGAUCUUGUUGUUUCUGCUUCAAAACACGUGGAUAAAGCUGCUACAGAUAUGUUAGAGGCAACUACCGAAAUAGUAGAUGAUGCCAAACAAUUAGACAUUGAAACGUCUGAAAAAAUUGAUAAAUUAAAGAAAAAAACCUCAAGUGAUUUAAAAUCUGCUGGUGAUUCAAUUAAUACAACUGCUAAAAAAAGUAAAGAUAAAUCCAGUGGCUUUUUUUCUGGCAUUUUGAAGGGUUCCAAACAUGUAUCGGAUGAAGUUGUUGAAGACGUGCAAACAUUCAUCGAAAAAACAAAAAAAGAAACUGAAGAAGAAAAACAAAAUAUACUCAAAGAAACCCAUGAGGCAGCUUGUGAAUUAGAAAAGAAUGUUACAAAAACAAGCGAUAAUGUAGCUGAGAAAACAUCUUCACUAAUAAAAGAUGUCAGUCGAGCUAAGGACACCAUAUCUAAAGAAAUUGAUGAUACCGAAGACAAAAUCAACAAACAAACCGAGAAAGUUACAGAAUCAGUUAAUGAGUCUACCAAGAAAGCCAAAGAUAAAACAACCGGAUUUUUUUCGGGAAUUUUCAAGAGUUCAAAACAUUCAACCGAUGAGGUGGCUGAUGAGGCUAAGGAAUUAUUAAAGGAAACUGAUAAAGAGGCUCAUGAAAUCGAAUCAAAAAUUGAAAAAAGCCUGGGGGAGAUUGAGAAUCCGUUCUUAACUGUAGAAAAUGUUAAUACCUCAGAAAUAAUACCCGAUGAUGGAGAUUUGAAGCUUAAGUUUUGCGAUACGGAAAAACCUAAGAACGAAAUUUUCACUGACGCCAAAUACACACAAAGUGAAGGCCAAAAGGUUUCUCAAGCAUCUGUCGAUUCAGUUAAGACAUUAACAAAAAAUGAAAAACCAAAAGCUGGUCGAUUUUUCUCUGGUAUGUUUAAAAGUAAUGCAAAUGAAGAAAUUGAAAAAUCAAAAGAAGUAACAUUGGAAACACAAGACAAAUCAGAACAACUGACAGAUUCUGCAGUUACUUCAUCACACCUUGACCAAACUCUGGAAGAUUUAGAGCAAAAAGUUAAUCCCGAUGAAAACAUAAAAGCAGAUGUUUCAAUAAUGACCACAAGUUCUACUGACAUGAUGCCCAAAAAACGAAAGGAAAAGACAGUUGGUUUCUUAUCUGGGCUUUUCAAAGGGGCUAAACAUGCCGUAGACGAGGUUGCCGAUGAAAUGAAAGAGUUCGUCGAGGAAACGAAACUUAAUGAAUUAGAAGAGGAAAAAAAAAUGAAAAAAGAUGUAGCAAAAUCUAUUGAUGCUACUUCAGAACUAGUUCAUUCAGUUUCUAAAAAUGCUGAAGAAACGUCCUCACUUGUUAUAGAGAAAAUGGAUUCAGCAGAGGGUAACAUACGCAAAAUGACUGAGGAAAUAUCAACCAACGCUAAUGAUUUGAAUAAUAAAUUAGAGUCAGAUGUUAAAACUGUUACUCAUUCCGCUAAUUCAUCAAUAAAUAAAAGUAAAGAUAAAGCUAGUGGACUUUUAUCUGGUAUUUUUAAAGGCUCUAAACGAGCAUCAGAAGAAUCUUCUGAUAAUUCGAAAGUAAAUAUUUCAGGAGAAAAAAAUAAGUCACAAAAAGAAAUCGAUUCAGUGGUAGAAAAUGUUGGGCAAAGUUCAGUUCCUCGUACGACUGAAGUAAAAACAAUAUUAUCUGAGAGCGUUAGUGAUACCUUAUCCUCACCAGAAGUAUCAGAACCUUCAAGCAGAAAAAGUUCAAGUAAAACUGGAGGCUUUUUAUCGAGCAUUUUAAAAGGACCAAAACAAGAAAAAUCAUCAACCCAACAAAUCGAUGAAAAAGAAAAAACUACAACUAGUCAAAAUGUACAAUCUUUAUCCAAAAUCGACGAAGAUACUUUGAUACACACGAAAAAAGAAGUUUCAGAAGAAUCUAAGCAAGUUGAUUCGUCAACGAUUUUUAAAAAAAGUAUUGUUGAAGUUACAACUAUUAUCACAGAAUCAGAAACUGUUUUAGAAAAAAAUGUUUAUGAAAAAAGCAGCGAAAUAAGUUCUGUAAUACCACAAUUAAAACAUUCAUCCGAAAGUGAGUCGAGUAGAGUGAUAAGUUCAUCAAAAACUGAAUCUUCUGAAAUAAUCCGGAAAUCUCCAGCAGAUGAAGAGAAAACCACAAUCGAUGAAUCCAAAAUUGAUGCCCCGAACGCAUAUAAGACUGAUAGAUUUAAUGCAGAUGAUGUCAAAGCAGUUACUUCAGAUUUUCUUCAAGAUUCUCGCGAUUUCGCAUUGAAAAUAGAUGAUAAAAUGCCAGAAAGCUCACUAGAACCAGUAGAUUCGUCAAGCUCUGAGCCAAGUUCAGCCAGGAAUUCUUUGGAAAGAGACACAACGUCAAAAGACAAAAGUAAAAAGAAUAAAAAAUCAAAAAAACCCGGAGUAAUAUCCAAUUUAAUCAAAAAGACAAAAGGCGCUACUCACAAAAUAGCGAAAGAAGUUGAUCAUGCCACAGAUAGUAUUAAAGACGCCACCGGCAAAUUCUGGGAAGAUACAAAGAGAGAAUCUAAAGACUCUAAGCCAUUUGGUAGCUACGAUGUUAACCCAAGUACCGAAAAUCGAGAGAAAGUUAGAGAUGAAGUCGCAUUAGAAUCAGACAUUAUGUUGGGAUCGUCGAGUCCUAUAGACAAUACAAAACCCGUUACGAGUAUUAAUAUAGAAGAAUCACGCCUUCCACAUGAAGUAGUAUCGUACCAGGAAAAAGAUAAUUCCAGCGUGCAAAUAACGCAAAAAUCAGUGACGGUAAUCGCUAGUGAAGUUUCGAGCAACUUAAUGCAUUCUGACCCAGUCUCUCAUCAGACCGUCACCACAGUCAUUACAAAGUCUGUGUGUACGGGCACGACACCACCACCCGAUCCAGCCGAUUUCAGUAACAAUAAAAGUAAAGAUAUAACCGAGGAGGCAACUAAACGAGCCCAAAUUCUUGCUGAUAUGAAACAAGCAGUCUUUAUCACUGACAAAGAGAACCACGAAAUUUGCGUAUCCACAAAACAACACGAGACAAGAUCGAAAAAAUCAUCGUUCGACAACGAAAACGCUAUCGACACGAAAGAUUUAAAGGAUUUGCAAAAUACCGCCGAUUCCUUGGAAAAUCAAGAUUCUUCCCGCAGUGUUUUUACAAAAAAAAAUUUAUCCGAAAAAUGCAACAAAUAUGCCAAGGAUAUGGUCAACACAGAAAAUUUAGUACUGAAAUUCGACGAGCCCGAGAAGCAAAAAGUCAUGAAUGAGAACUAUUAUCCUGAACAUAACGAUACGGUUGCCGAAGUUUCAUCAUUUUUGAAGAACACAAUGACGGUGAACAUAGACACUGCCCUAAAAAAUCUCGAGUUCAAUGAAAUGAAUGACGCGACGACCAGUCAACCCGACGAUAAAGCCGAGUUCUGGCGAGGAAUCAUGGGUGGCAGCAGCUCGGGCGAAGCGAGCGUGCCCAGCGAGCAUUGGGAUACGCAAUUUAGCAUUGACAUAUCGCCUGUAUCGGGUAACGACGACUCGCUCAUCAAGACGACUUCGAGGCAAGGUACAAUUAGCGAUACCGACAGCGACGGUUCACCAAAUCGCCGGCGUAGAUCGCCCAACAGACGAGGUCGAACUUUGGGCAGCUCGAGCGGCUCGGACGUGGCGCUUCACGAAGGCGCUGAACUGUCUCCUAUGGAGGAUGACCAAGAAAAUGACUUUUUGCAACAAGGUGACCCAACCUACAUAGAGACAACCACAACUGAGAUAAAUCCUGACACGAGCGAAAGGAUCACUAAAGUAACGCAAACAAUAACAACUUCAGUUGCUGAAGAUGGUAGUAGCAGCGGCGGUGAUGGGCUCCAAAAAAUCGUCGAUCAAUUCAUGUCAGAGGAACGAAAGGGCAAUCAAUGAAGGAAUGAUCAUUAACAAAAAAAUUUUUGAACAACGAUCAGAUAAAAAUCAAUUGACUUUUUUCUAAUAUGCACCUUGGUAUAUAUGAAUAAAAGCAAUUGCAAAAGUGAUCGAGAGAAAACUUACGAAGCUUCUCGUUAAGAUAGUGUAAAAUAAAAACCCAUAUACUUCCGCUUCAAUGAUUGUACGCGCAAUCACUUCAUAAAUUAUACAUAAAGACAAGUAAUUAUUCACAUUUUUGGCCUAGAGUGUCGUUUGUAUACGUACUUUCAUAACAGAAAAAUAAGAAAAGAUAUAUAUCAUAUCUGACAAAAAAAUUAAGGAAAAAGCUUUUGAAAAUCUCGUUGCCUCCCUCUUUUUCCAUUCAAUGAUCGAAACCUUUUUCUUACAAAUUAUAAUGACAAAUCUUUUCUUACUAAAAGUCGUGUAUACAUUAUAUAUCGGUAAUAGUGUUUAGUUUGUUGACGAAUGUUUGAAAAAAAAUAUAUCAGCGCCGCGCGCCCGUCCAUGGCAAAGUUGAAAUUUGUUGGUCACAUAUAGAAAGAAAACUAUGAAAACAAUGGCAAUAUAUUACAAACGGAAAAUACUUGAAAAAUAUCGCUAUGGGCAAAUAAAGAUACAAUAAAUUGUAGUACCUAGUGGAAGACGAUAAAAAAAUCAAAUUCAAGCAUAUAUUAUAUAGUAUGAAACAAAAAAUAUUUUAAAACAUGCAUAUAAUAUAUUAGUAGAUGUGUCAUCAGCUGAAAAAGUAAAAAAAAAUUGAGCACAUAAAACUACUAAUAUAACUAUUAUUACACAUUCUAAGAAACGAUCGUUGUUAAUUUGUAUUUAUAAACAUUUUUGAGAUUCUAUAUACAUUUGAGCUUCGGCUUUCGAUGGACGAUUAUAAUUAUAAAUAUAUGAGAAAUGUAAAAUGGAGAUAUUAAAUAUGAAAAUAUAAAAAAUAUAUAUUAUUAUAUGCUUUCCUGCGCUCUACAUUAUAUUCUAUUAAUUAUUGUGAGAAAAAAGAUAUACGUUUAUAAACGAUUAUAAUAUUGUAUUACUAAGAGAAUAUUGUAUAUGCUGAUGAAAAUUUGCCAUUCCAAAAAAAACCAAGUUGAUGUUUCUUAAUUUAACUACGAUUUUGGAGGAAAUGGCGAAAAGCAUCGUGUGUUUUUAAAGAGAAUAAGCGAUCAAUAUAGUGACGAAAUAUUAUAUUGUAUUAGAAUUAUGUAUAUUUGAAGCAAAUUUUAUUUGAGAAUUUAUAAUAUAAAUAUAUUAUACAUGUAUAACAAUCUUUUUAAUUUGUGUAUAUUUAUAUAAUUAUUAAUUUGUAGACAUACGGAUUAUAUUUGAAACAUGAAAUGUACGAUUACUAUACACGAUAUAAAUAUAUAAAUAAAUAUGGUAAUGAAUUUUUAA